AUGCCCGUGUCUUUGCUGUUACGACGGAGUUUAGGAUGUAUCUGUGAUUUUUCAAACAAACUAACCAGCUUAAGAUGCACUAUUAUUACUGAACAAAUAAGGACAAAAUUCUCUCGUGCCAGUGUGUCUGCUGCUAAGCGAUGCUCUGGGGCUGCUAGAGAUGUUGAAAUUAUUGCUAUGACGGACGUUAAACGGAUACCUGAUGAUAUUAAGAACGUCCUUUUGACAUCCAGUCCCAGGAUCUCAGUCAUCGCUGAUUAUGCAUUUAGCGGUAAGGGGAAAAUGUUACGUCCACUUUUGGUGCUUUUAAUGGCGGCUUGUGCCAAUGGACACAAUGAUUAUUCAAUUAUCACCUCUGACAAUCCUACUCCUGUGCUUAUGUUCUCUGAUAGACAUCUGAAAAACACGGUUACAGAUGCUCAACAUGCUAUCGCUGUUAUUGCCGAAAUGAUUCAUACUGCGAGCCUUAUACACGACGAUCUCAUUGAUAAGGCUGAGAUGCGCCGGAAGAAGUUGGCGACUUAUAGGAAAUUUGGGAGCAAAGACGCUGUUCUUGUAGGCAAUGUAACUCUCUUGAAAGCUUCAGAAUUGCUUGCCAAAGUGGGAGACGCGGAAGUUGUUUCCGUUCUCUCAACUGUUCUCGAUGAUUUAAUAAGAGGGGAAUUUAUGCAGCUAACAUCGAAUUCCGAUGAGAAUUACCGCUUCCACCUAUACCUUGAAAAGACGUAUAAGAAAACAGCAAGUUUGAUUGCCAAUAGUUGUAAGGCUGUCACAAUUCUUUCAAAGGUCGGUGAUGCACUGGCAGAGUCCGCGUAUGCUUUUGGUCGCCAUUUGGGCAUGGCCUUUCAGUUGCUGGAUGAUGUUUUGGAUUUCGUGGGUCAGGAAGAUAAAUUAGGAAAGCCAGCUGGCGGUUCCGAUUUGCAACUCGGAUUAGCCACUGGCCCUGUGCUCUUUGCCGCGCAGCAAUUUCCCGAGCUUGAGAGGAUGCUCCAAACCGGUUUUCGGACACCUGAGGAUCAGAAAAAAGCCCUUGAAUUCAUCCACGAGUCGAAUGGCGUUGGCCAGACGCGGAUGCUAGCUGAAUUCCACUUUCAGGAGGCACAACGCCAGUUGGGCCACUUUAAAGCUUCGGACGCCCGCAAAUGCCUCCUUCAGGUUGCAGCGACUACCCUCCUGAGGAGUUUUUAG